AUGAGCGGGAGGGGACCUGCCGGAAGGAGGGGAGGUUGGGUUCCGUGGGGGAGCCAGGCCAGGGUCGUGGGGGGGGGGAUGGGAGGGCGGGAGGGAGUGUGGAACGGACUGGAGCGGGGGGGGGCGGGAGGAUGGAGGGGGGGGGUGCGACGGUCGGGGGGGGAGGCGGUCAGGGGACCGGAGAGCCAGGAGGAGCGGGCACGCGGGGAGUGGAGAAGAAGCGGGGGGGAAGGGUGCUGGUGUGUGGUGCGUGGGCCCGGGGUCGGUGGGGAGGGGGGCGCGGUGGUCGGAAGCCGGGCUGAGCAGGCGGAGGGGUGGGGGGCUGAGGGGCGGGGGGACUACGGAAGGGGAGUGGUGGGCGGGGCGGUGGGUGAAAGAGUGUGGUGGCGCGGGGGAGGCGGGGGGCGGGGGCCCAGCGGGGGGCGUGAUGGGGGGCUAGGCGGAAGCAUGUAA